AUGGCUCAUUGGUAUUCAAAUUCAUUCGUACAGUUCACUUUUGGUGUUGUGGCUGGCGCAGGGGCAAUCGUUUUGGCUUCGAGAGGGCUAGGAAUUUUACACGCAUUUCCUGAACGAACUGCCGGCAUCGGAAAUGAAAGGGUUGGUUUUUCUCAAAGCGAAAGAGAAAACCGUGAUAGUGUUCUUGACAGACUUUCGCCAACUAUUCCUAACGAUGACCCGGGAUAUAACUUAUCUGAUGGAAUGUUGUUUUCCCCCCCGGAUACCGAGGAGAAUAAUGGACUUGUAGACAUGCUAUUUCAAAUUGCAAAGGACCAGGCACACAGGGACUGCCUUAUCCACCGUGGUAUUACGUGCAACAUUUGCAAUGCAAGUCCAGUUUGUGGAACUCGUUAUAAAUGUGCUAACUGCCUUGAUUAUGAUGUCUGUGAGGUCUGUGAAACGAAUGAUCAUCACAAUAGAACUCACGUUUUCUUAAAAAUUAAAUACCCAAUACCACCACUGGCAAAUCCAAAGGCAGUAUGUCUGAAGCCCUUUUAUACUGGCACAAAUUUGGACCACGUGGCACUGUGUUGGGAUGAUAUAAAUUGUCUUAAAGACAAGACUCAUUUUGAUGAAACUGAAAUUCAGACCCUACACGAACAAUUUAAGACUUUGGCACCUCAGGAGCAAGGAAUCUCAAGAGAGGCGUUCAACCUCAGUUUGGGACCUCUUGGCCGGCAAAGCAACCUGGUUAUGGACAGAAUGUUUUCUUUCUACGAUCAAAACGGAGACGGUGUCAUUUCGUUCGAAGAGUUCAUCUCAGCUCUUUCAGUUUUGGUGAAGGGCAGCAAAGAUGAAAAACUACGGUUUGUUUUCGAAGGUUACGACCUGGAGAAGAAGGGUUACCUUGUGUACAAAGACUUUCACGACAUGUUCAAAGCGUAUUUCAACGUGAGCAUAGAACUGGUCAGGGAUUACAUAAAGACGCGGGAAGAAGAGAUGAAGGCCGCGUUCGAUGAGACCGCAGAUAAGCCAGUCUCAUCUGUAUUUCAUGCUCCAAUUCCCAACGACGUUGGCGGCGCAUCUGGUGGGGAUAUCAAAUCCGUGCAGCAGCCACGCUCCGGAGCGGGCGGGAGCGGCGGUGCCAGACCCUUGAUGGAGGCCAUGUCACAGGACGCCAUUGACGAGAUGGUCGCGAAUGUUUUCAAAUGUGCCGACUUGGACCGUGAUGGAAAGAUCACAUUUGACGAGUUCAAAACGUGGGCCGUUUUAGAUAAUACCGUGUUGGCUUGGUUCGAUGCUCUUGGAACUGUCUUUUAGUUUUUUUUUUAACAUUCCCUAUUGCCUUAUCAAUAGCGACUUUGUAAACGAUAGGAUCUGAACUGUAGAUUCAUAAUUUUUCAGUAAUAAUUUUUCAAUAACUGCAG